AUGGCGUUCCGGCCACUACGGCUGUUGACCCUUUGCACCCUUUGCACUCUUUUGCAUUGGGCGUUUCUCGCCUUUACAGGCUUGCAAAGCGGAUCGCCCAGACGGCAGGUUCGGCGCCUCGCCGCAGAGGACCGCGAAAACGAGGGCGCUGAGUUAGUGGCGGCGGCGAAGGUGGGGGAUGCGGAGUUGCUCGCAGAGCUGUUGGCGCGGGGCGCAGACUGCGAUGGGAGAGACGGGGAUGGCCAGCGCCCGCUGACGAUCGCGGCGGCUGCGGCGGGGCAUGGAGAGCUGGUAGAGAAGCUGCUGGCGGCCAAGGCGGACGUGGAAGCGAAGAACUCCAACGGGGCCACAGCCGUCAUCGCCGCGGCCUUUGCCGGGGACGGGGAGACGCUGCCGCUGCUGCUGGCCGCCAACGCCGCGCCUGACGCGGCCACGGCCUCGGGAGCCACGGCGCUGGCUGCGGCGGUGGAAGGUGUAUCCCAGAGGCUUCUCAACAUUCAUGUCGGCUUUUUGCCUGCGGUGCCGGCCUUUCAGUGCUCAGACUCUCAGCUUUCGCCGUGCCAUUUUCUCGUCGUCAUGGGCAACGGGGGUUCCAAGCAUGCGGAUCGGGCGGCGGCGGCCGCCUCGGAGGCCGCGGCGGCCGCCCGCCAGGCGCUGGAGACGGUGCAACAGCAAAUGGAGGCGGCGCGGAACGAUGCGAACCAACACAUGCAGCAGUACCAAGAACGCCAGGGGGAGAUCGAGAAGCAGCUGAGGGACGCUCAGGCACGCCACGACCAAGAAGCCGCCGAGUCAACCCGGCGCCUGCAGCAAUCGCAGGCAGCAGAGGCCGAAGCGCGGCAACGGGCCCUGGACGAGCAACGGCUGCGUGCGGAGGAGGCGGCCACAGCUGCGCAGCGCCUCGUGGAGGAGCGCGAGGCUUCGGAGCGGCGCGUGCAGGAGGAGCUGCAGCAGGAGCGGCGCCGUGUGCACGCGGAGAAGUUGGCGCGGUGGCAGCGCUUGAACCGCGACUACCCUGUGCCGGCUUGGUUGGAGAGCUACUUGACUCCAACGCACCAGACAGUGGAGGAGCAGGAGGGCACCACCGUGCGCACGAACGUGGCGCUGCUGGGGGACUCUGGGAAGGGCAAGACCUCGCUGAUCAAGGCGGUGUUCAAGCAGUUGAUCGGCCGGAAUCUGGACACGCAGCUCACCGUGUCGCUGCAGUCCGACGGAACUCUGGCGCCCACUCCCAUCAACCUUCCCCUGAGGGAUGCUGGCGAGGUGACUCUUUGGGACCUCCCAGGGCAAGGGACCAAGGCCAUCCCCUCCAAGACGUACCUAUGCAACAUGGGUUUGAAGUACUUCGACGUGGUGGUGGUCGUGACGGAUGGGCGCUGGUCCGAGAACGACGCCAGUCUACUGCAGGCCAUCCGCUUCGCGGAGAUCCAUUGCAUGAUCGCCAGGAGCAAGGUCGACAUUGCGGUCGACGACGGGGCUCACGACCAUAGCUGGACCCCUGAGCAGACGUUGACGAACGUGCAGCAGCGAGUGGCCGAGGCCACUGGCAUGGACGAAUCGAGGAUCUUUCUCACCACCUCCCGCGAACGCUUCUGGGAGCAAGGCAUCGGACGAGUGGAUGGUCUCUGUGCGCAGCUCCGCGCAGACCUGGCUGCUGUUCCCUUUGGUCAAUCGGGCUCUGCUUCGACGCGGUCUGGCUCGCGCGCAGAGCCGGAUCCGACAGACGCUCAAAUGGAGGACGCGGACGACCCCUGGGACAUGGUUCCGGGCAGUGACAGCUGA